AGAGGAGAACAGAGAACUAAGAAAGGAGGUGAUCUGUUUCUUUAGUUUGUUUCCGCUUAGCAAGGAGAGGAGGAGAAAGAGGAACUUCCGAUGGCGAAAUUGCCCGAGGAGGAACACCCCGAGAAGGCCUUCGGCUGGGCGGCCCGCGACUCCAACGGUGUGCUCUCCCCCUUCAAAUUCUCGCGAAGGAGUUCAGGGCCAAAGGAUGUUAACAUAAAGAUACUAUAUUGCGGAGUCUGCCACUCGGAUCUUCACUUCGUAAAAAAUGAAUGGGGAAUGUCUAUUUACCCCAUCGUACCUGGGCAUGAGAUCGUGGGCAUCGUCACGGAAGUCGGCAGCAUGGUGCAGAAAUUCCGGGUGGGCAACGCCGUAGGCGUCGGCUGCAUGGUCGGCGGCUGCGACGAAUGCGAGGAUUGCAAGAGGGGAUGGGAGAGCUACUGUCCCAAAACCAUUCUCACAUACAGCAACAUCUACCACGACGGCACGGUAACUUACGGUGGAUACUCCGACAGGAUCGUUGUCGAGGAGCACUACGUUGUGCGUUUUCCCGACGGUUUGCCCAAGGAUGCCGGCGCGCCGCUCUUGUGCGCCGGAAUCACCGUUUACAGCCCCAUGAGGUACUACGGGCUCGCUGAGCCCGGGACUCACCUGGGUGUGGUUGGGCUUGGCGGGCUUGGCCAUCUGGCCGUGAAGUUCGCCAAGGCUUUUGGGGCCAAGGUCACGGUCAUCAGCACGUCGCCGAGCAAGGAGAAGGAAGCAAUCGAGCAUCUCGGAGCAGAUGCAUUUCUUGUUAGUCGCAAUGCUGAGCAAAUGAAGGCUGCCGCACGUACCAUGGAUGGUAUCCUCGACACAGUCUCGGCGAAACAUUAUCUGUUGCCCUUGAUGGAGCUCUUGAAGUCUCAUGGUAAGCUGGUUUUGGUAGGUGCACCCGAGGAGCCACUCGAGCUGCCAGCAUUUCCUCUACUUGUAGGCAGAAAGCUUGUGGGAGGAAGUGCAACAGGAGGGAUGCAAGAGACGCAAGAGAUGUUAGAUUUUGCAGCCAAGCAUAACAUAACAGCAGACAUAGAGAUUAUUCCGAUGAAUUACAUCAAUACGGCUAUGGAGCGGCUUGCCAAGGCAGAUGUCAAAUAUCGGUUCGUGAUUGAUGUCGCGAAUACUUUGAGUGCUUGAAGCUUGAAUUUGUACUGAUGCAAGCCAUCAACUGCUAAGAGAACAACUUUAAAUCAAUCACAAGGCGUGUAUCAAAUCUUUUUCAUGACAUAAGUGAUGGCGUCAAAUAAAAUAGUUGGCUUUUAUUAGACCUACUUGCCCAUGUUAUGAUAUGGAAACUAACAAGUAUAUAUGAAUGCCAGCAUUGUUCGUCA